ACAGUUCCUCUUAAAAAACAAAUUCACACGAGGCGUUCUGUACACGCUGACAACAUGCUGAGAAAGAUGUGAAGAUGGAAAAUAUCUCAAAAUUAAAGAUGAAGAAUAUAUUUAAGAAUCCACAAAAUAAGCAAACUCUACAGACUAAGAAUGAAAAUAGUGAGAAUGAUAAACUUCUUCCUAAAAAGAGGCAAAAAGCAGAGAAAAAGGUCAAUGACUUAAAGAACAAAUUGGUAUCGUUCACUGACUGUAUACAAAAAACAAAGAAAUCCAAAAAGCAACUUUCUUCUGUAGAGCAAAUCUUCACAAAUCUUUUGAGAAAUAAACGAUACUGGGAUGCCUGUGACUAUAUUUUUAAGCAGCAACAACAUGACAACCAUGCCUAUUCAGGGUACAAGAUGGUGGCAGAUGACAUGUGGAACACGGUGAAAAUGGCGCUGACUGGCGACAACAGUCAGACGGAGCAUCUUAAUUCAGUUGCCGCUUGUGUAAAGUGGGCAAAAGAGAAGAACCUAACAUAUGAAGGAGAAUUUAGUCCUAACAGCUGGGCUAAAGACUUGGAAAACUUAUUUAUACAAUAUAUAAAUGAGAAUAUCCCUACGGUUAAAUAUGAUACAGAGAUUAAAAUUAACCUUGAAAAUCAUUUGGAGGAACUGAAAAGCAAAUCAUUACAGCAAGUAAACAUGACUAGGUCACUGCUAGGAGAUUUGUACCCUCUCUAUUUAAAGUGCUUUACACACUACAUGCAUGACCACCUCUCUAUACUGGCGAGUAAUCAAUUUAAUUUUGAAGAAUAUGUUCUGCUAUACAGAUGGGCCAACAAGGAGUGGAACAGGCAACUUGCGUACCAGCACGAGACAGAAGACUUUGACCAUUUGCUGUUUAAAAAAUGGUUUGAGAACACUGGAGAAAAGAUAAUACAUACUGGAAAGCAAACGAUUAUAAAAGUCUUAACUGAAAUCCUCCAGCGGGAAAUGGACUGGAAUUCCUAUCUCAAGACUGAGUUGAGCUAUUACUUCAAUGACAUUUCCAAGGAGCUAGAUAAAGUAACCAAUGCUGUCAAAGACCUUGGGGAUACAUUAAGAUCUGGAAUUAAAAGCUUGUGUUGGGAUGAGUUUGACAAUUUCAUCAAGCGCACAGAGUUCCAAAAUACCCCUGAAAGCAACAACAGCACAAGAACUGUGCACUGGAAGCUUCCUGAAAUGGAUAUCAAUGGCUGA